CUCUCCGUAGGGCGGGGUUUCGUCUUUUAGUCUGAGUCAUGGACAAGCCCUUUGAUGGAGGCUCUCGAGACAUUUCCUGUCCGGUCAAGACUUCUUCCAUGAAAGUUUGUGUGAUGUGCGGCAAGAGAAAGGGGGACCGUAUGCUGGUCUGUGCUGAGACUGGCUGCCCGGUUGCAUUUCAUGUCAAGUGCUUCUCCCGUGAACCCAAGUUUGAUCAGUCAAGGAGGUUCUAUUGCCCUUAUUGCUUCUACAAAAGAACAACAGCUAAGCUUGAGAAGCUGAAGAGAAAGGCAACUCAGGCCAAACUGGACCUUUUGGGCUUUCUCGAUGCUGGGGGCACCGAUCGCUGCAAGAAGCCGGCCAAUGCUUCUACUUCUAGGAGGGAAAAUCAAGGCAACGUUGCCGUUUCACCGGAGAAACAUGCUAAUGCUUCUGCUUCCAGGGAUGAGAAUCGAGGCGAUGAUGCCGUUUCACCUCAGAAACAGGCUAAUGCUUCUGCUUCUAGAAACAAAAAUCACGGCAAUGAUGAUGUUUCACUGGAUAAAGCAGGCUCUGCUGCCGGAAAAGGCCCUUGCCUUGAAAAAGAAGUUGCUAAUGCAGAAAGGUCGAACCCUCGGAAACAAUCACCCAAGGAAGUGAAAAAGGCGGCAAUUUCAAAACCGAGGCGGAAGAGGUUGAAUUGGACCACCCAGGAGGAGGAGAUGCUGGAGGAAGGAGUAAGGAAGCUCUCCGACAAAGAAAUGAAGAAUGUCCCUUGGAGGAAAAUACUGGAUUUUGGGUCGCGGACCUUCCAUUCAACCCGUACACCUAGUGAUCUCAAGGAUAAAUGGAAGAACAUGCAGAGGAAGAGUAUGAUGGACAAUCCUUUGGGAAAGGAGCCAAUUGAGGAUGAAAUUGGGGAGGAAAAUCUGACUCAAGAGAGUCCAAAGUACUCUUGAAAAUGGAGGGGAAGACGCAGGGGUUAGAGAGGAAGGGUAACAGGAGAAGCAAGUUUUUGGCUUUCUUUUGGCUGGAGAAUGUGCAACUGACAGAACCAGUAGUUUCUACCAUAUGAUCCACUCUCCUUGUAUGUAUUGAACGACUAGGAAGUAUGUGGGUACAGCAAGUGUUGACCAACAGGUUCUUUUUUGUUGGAACGGAAUAAGAUGGCUCUAAGAGCUGCUUUUUGGAUCAUCUGUGUACAGAAUAGAAUCAAUGGUUAUGGGAUGAGAUGAUAGUUUUUCUUUUGUUCAUCCCCUGUUGGUGUUACUCGUAUGAUAUAUACCAGUGCAUUUAAACUUUCCGAA